AGGCGGCCACUGUGGAAUAUGGAGGGAAAGGGCGCCGGUAAGAGCACUAAGAAGUCUGACUGUACCCCGCUGCUUUUGUUCUGAUCGGUCCCAUCGCACCCCCACCCCCUGCCCUCUGCGGUUUCGACACAAAGCAGCCCGCGGCCAUGGAAGAGGAGCUGAAAUGCCCCGUGUGCGGCUCGCUGUUCCGGGAGCCCAUCAUCCUGCCCUGCUCGCACAAUGUCUGCCUACCCUGCGCCCGCACCAUCGCCGUGCAAACGCCAGAGACCGAGCAGCACCUGCCGGCCAUGCUGCACCCCCGGGGCCCUGUAGCGGCUCCAGGGGCCGGGGCCGCCGCCGGGCCAGCCUCUCUCGACUACGACUGCGGGGCCGGCGGCGGGGGAGGGGGAGGGGGCGGCGGAGGCGGCGUGGACCUUGCGGACAAGCUGAGCCUGCACAGCGAGACCGACAGCGGCUACGGCUCCUACACCCCGAGCCUUAAAUCUCCCAACGGGGUGCGGGUUCUGCCGCUGGUGCCGCCGCCCCCGGGAUCGUCGGCGGCUGCGGCCGCAGCGGCGGCGGCGGCCCCGCGGGGAGGAGGCACCAGCUCCUCGCUGACCUGCCCGCAAUGCCAUCGCAGCGCCUCGCUCGACCACCGCGGCCUGCGAGGCUUCCAACGCAACCGGCUGCUGGAGGCCAUCGUGCAGCGCUACCAGCAGGGCCGGGCCGCCGCCUCGGCCGCCGCCAAGUGCCAGCUGUGCGACCGCAGCCCUCCCGAGCCGGCCGCCGUCAUGUGCGAGCAAUGCGAGGUGCUCUACUGCGCUGCCUGCCAGGUCAAGUGCCACCCGUCCCGGGGGCCCUUCGCCAAGCACCGCUUGGUCCCGCCACCCAGCCAGCAGGGCGCCCCUAGCGGUGCAAGCGGGGCCAGCGGCGUAGGGGCCAGCGGCAGUGGCGGGAGCAAGGCACCGGGGGCGCCCCGCAAGCCGCCAACCUGCACGGAUCAUGAGCUGGAGAACUACAGCAUGUACUGUGUGACCUGCCGGACCCCCGUCUGCUAUCAGUGCCUGGAAGAAGGCAAGCACGCCAAGCACGAGGUGAAGGCCUUGGGGGCCAUGUGGAAGCAGCACAAGGCACAAUUGUCUCAGGCUUUAAAUGGCAUCUCAGAUAAAGCAAAGGAAGCAAAAGAAUUUCUGGUUCAGCUGAAAAAUAUAUUACAGCAGAUACAGGAAAAUGGCUUGGACUACGAAGCCUGUUUGGUGGCUCAGUGUGAUGCCUUGGUUGAUGCUUUGACUCGUCAGAAGGCAAAAUUGCUCACAAAAGUUACCAAAGAGCGUGAGCACAAGCUAAAGGUUGUGUGGGACCAGAUAAAUCACUGUACUCUGAAACUGCGUCAAUCUACAGGGCUUAUGGAAUAUUGUCUUGAAGUAAUCAAAGAAAAUGACCCUUCUGGGUUUUUACAGAUUUCAGAUGCUUUAAUCAAACGCGUUCAAGUGUCUCAGGAGCAGUGGGUGAAAGGAGCUCUGGAACCAAAAGUAUCUGCUGAAUUUGAUCUGACUUUGGAUAGUGAACCACUGUUGCAGUCGAUUCACCAGCUGGACUUCAUUCAGAUGAAAUGUAGGGUUCCGGUUUCAGUGCCGCCAGUCCCGCUACUGCAGCUGGAGAAGUGCUGCACUCGUAACAACAGUGUGACGUUAGCAUGGAGGAUGCCUCCUUUCAGUCACAACCCAGUGGAGGGUUACAUCUUGGAACUGGAUGAUGGAGAUGGUGGACAAUUCCGGGAAGUAUAUGUUGGCAAGGAGACCCUAUGCACUAUCGACGGCCUUCAUUUCAAUAGUACCUAUAAUGCAAGAGUCAAAGCCUUUAAUUCAUCAGGAGUGGGCCCAUAUAGCAAGACUGUUGUUUUACAGACUUCUGAUGUGGCCUGGUUUACAUUUGAUCCCUCUUCAGCCCAUAGGGACAUAGUCCUGUCAAAUGACAACCAGACGGCUACCUGCAGUAGCUAUGAUGAUCGUGUUGUUCUGGGCACAGCAGCUUUCUCAAAGGGAGUCCAUUACUGGGAACUGCAUGUAGACCGUUACGAUAACCAUCCAGAUCCAGCCUUUGGAAUUGCUAGAAUCAAUGUUGUCAAGGACAUGAUGCUGGGAAAGGAUGACAAGGCAUGGGCUAUGUAUGUCGACAACAAUCGCAGCUGGUUCAUGCACUGCAAUUCACACACCAAUCGGACAGAAGGGGGUGUUUCUAAAGGAGCAACUGUAGGUGUUCUUCUGGACCUCAACAAGCACACCCUGACCUUUUAUAUAAAUGGGCAGCAGCAGGGACCUCCAGCAUUCGAAAACGUGGAGGGUGUCUUCAUGCCUGCAUUAAGCCUCAACCGAAAUGUGCAGGUGACUCUGCACACAGGACUUGAGAUACCCCACACUGUAAGACCACCAAAGCUGCCGAGCAACUGAGCUCCUGCUACCUGAAUCUAAGCUGGAUUUUGUAAUCUUUCAGUUUGGCAUAAAUCAGUCUUUUUAAAAGUAUCCAUAGUUUAGAUCAAGAUCAAAAUUGGCUAUUAGGUUUAGCUAACCUGGUGAUUAUUUUUAAGUCUACAUGCCUUUUAAAAUUGUACAUGGUUUCAAGAGUGCUUAAAUACUGUAAUCACCAGAUUUCCUUUUGGCUAUUUUGGCUAUGUCAUUGUGUAAAACCUGACUGAUCUGACCACCUAAAGACAAACAUACAUGAGAGUGGUGUUUUUAACCUUCAUUUUUCUACCUCACGUUCCUUUUCACUAUUCAUUUUCCCCAUAUAGUUCAGUUUCCCUAACUACGUGGCACAGGCUGGAGAAUGUUAAUAGUACUUAAGUUCCACUGAUUACAAUGGGAGUUAAAUACCUGUAACAUUCUCUGGAUUAAACUCAUUGUAGGUACAUUUUGUUCCAUCCUGGUUUCUGAUUGUGAUGCAAAGAUGUAGAUAAUGACAGCCCGCACACUAUGCUGGGCCAAUCUGUUUGGGGAGUUUGGGUAUAUAGAGGAUCCUGCAUCAGUGUAGAUGUUUGGACUAAGCGGCCACUAGACCAUUCUCCAAAUUCAGGCAUGAUGGAACCAGAAUAAAAAGGAUUGUGAACCCAUUGAGGUCCAUAGUAGCAUAAUUCUUACUGAAUCCACUGUGAGCAAGGAUUUAAUUUUUAAAAGCAAUAUAUGCAGCAAUCCUCCAAUCUACUUAUUCCAGAAUAGUUCCAAUGGAUUGCAGCUUUGAUCCUAAAUACCAUAAUCUUGGUAUAUCUGCCUGCAACACUUGAGUAAGGCUGACGCAAAGCUGUUGUAACUUCAUGGCUUGUGACUUUGAGCUCGGGUGGCAUUUGAUAUACUACCUUUAAAGGAAAUAAUUUGCAGUUACAGUGCAACUGAUAUUUGAAAGAGACCAAAGACCUACUCAUUGCAACACAGAUUUGGAGACAUGGAGCAACUAAAGCAGAUCCCCAAUAUACUCAAUAAUAAUACAUUCUCAACAUCUUUAUGUGGUUUUGUGCCAUAUUUUAUCACAUGCCCUUCUUCUUGUUAUGCUACUCCUAUCCUCACUAAUCCUCUUGCAAUUUGGCAAAAUGGCAGGGUGGCACACUCCUUACUCCUGAAGCCCUGGCCCCUCCUGCUAGUCUUUGCAAGGGUAAACUGCUCACUUGCAAAAUGCAGCACUAGCAGAGUACUGUUCUAGGAGGAGUUCAUCCCUUCUCUUCCCAGAAAAGACCUGGGAGGUGUCUGUCUACACACCCUUAAUAAAGAACUCGCUUUCCUGCUGCCAAAUCAAGAAGCAGAAAACUAAACAGUAGUUCCUCCCCAGACUCACUACAAACUAUGACAGCGUUUCCCAGGAUGUAUGGCAGGGAAACAGCUGGUGAGAACUUGAGUUGCCAUGCCCCCCGAAAUUCCAGGUUUCAUCCAGAUUUUAAGCAUCUCACCCUGAUUGCUUAGCCCACUCAGAUGUGCCUGGGUUUCUUUCUUUCUUUCUUUCUUUCAAGCUAAGCUCUAGCCCUUGUAGCAGCGGAGUUAUGGAGCCAAACAUGCAGUCACUAUUCUAUUCAAACAUUAUUUUCAAGCCAAUUUACAUAAUAUGCAAAUUAGGCACCUGGAUUUGGAAAGCCAGAAUAUGGCAACCCUAGUGAGAACACACUCCAGUAUUUUGAAUGGAAGAAGCAUUUAAGCAUGUGUCUCUUCUUACUGUAUUCAGUACUAUGCAGAGUUAAACGUUAAACAUGCAUGUUUGUGCUUUCUUGGGUUGCAGGAAAAUCUUUUGGGGUUGUUUGUUCCAUGACUUUCCAAGCUGUCAGUUGAGUGGAUUGCUAAACAGUAUGGAAAUGUGAAACAGUAUGAAACCCAGGGUCAUACAAAUGAGCCACAGUCUGGGUAGCUACCACAUGUUCCAAGCCAGGGGUUCUCAGUCUUGGGUCCCCAGAUAUCUUGGACUGCAACAAGAUGGAGAACCCCUGGCCUAAGCUUUUGUGGGGAUGGAAAACAUUGUCAACCAUGUGCGACCAUUUCUUUACUUUUCUUCUCCACAGAGUAUAGUGUGUAUUGGGCAAACAAAAUGAUGGCCAGACAAACCAGUUGGCUAAACAGGAUCCAGUAGAAGGCAUCAUAACUCAGCAGCUGGUUCUGUGUCCUCCUUUGAGCAUAUGCAUCCCCAGCACAGCAUCCCUCCAGUGGCUGUUGCUGUUGUCUAUCUUAUGUUUCUUUUUUAGAUUGUGAGCCCUUUGGGGACAGGGAGCCUAUGUAUGUAUGUAUGUAUGUAAACCACUUUGGGAACUUUUGUUGAAAAGCAGUAUAGAAAUAUCCAUAAUAUUUGGAUUUGUAUAUGAAGAACUUUGUGCUUAACUUUAGCAAGUAAAUAAGCUUUAGACUUAAGGGCAUUUUAAAAUCAAGAGAUACCACAGUCAAGUCUUUGUCUAACUUCACCAACCCUUCCUGCGUACUAUUAUUUUAUUAGUUAUUUACUUGCUAAUACUACUAUUGAGAUACAUUACAUACAUAUACCCUGAAAGUUAAAACACACAAGCUGAAAUCCCAAAUGAUGAAUCCAUUGCUAAGCUCUAAGCUGCACCAUUCCUCCCACCUCCAGACUUCAGGUGAGAGAAGGAAUGUUUGAAUGCUCCCUUGCAUGAAGUAUUCCUUAUACAUACAAAGCUGGUAUGUUGGGUAAAAAAGGUUGUCUAGGACCUUCUUUCUGACAUGCUAGGUUUAUAUGUAUGGGGAGUAUUGUGCUUGGAAGCAUUCAAACAUGCAGUCUGAAAUGGUACAGCUCAGGAAUGAUACAUCGCAUGAGAUUUCUUCUAAUCUUUUUAAACUCUUGUAGGUGUAUGAAUAUGUGUUUAUGUCUGCAGUACAUCCAAGAACCUUACAAAUUCCAAGUCUAGCUUUCUUUCUUGUUCAAAUCCUUAAGUGUAGGAUACAACUAUCCCUAGUAUGUUUUUCUUGGGUAGCUCUUGAUCAGUUUAGAUAAUAAAUGGGGUCAGUUUUUCAUACUUGCAAUGAAUAUAUCAGUUAUCACAGGUGCAGAUUCAUCUGCAUGGAAAUCUUUGGCAAAGCACAUUCAUGUGCAUACAUAAUAGGAUGCAAACUGCAUGUGAUGCUUCUGUUAAUCUGUGGUUGCCAUAUUGACAACACUACCACUAGGAUUUUAAGGCUGGGCUUCAUACAAUUACACAAAAACACUUCAUGACAAUUGGACCAGUUUGGUCAAAAUGCAUCUCUAUCAUAGGACAUGCCAUUCAAUUUGGAACUCAGAUAUACCUCCCAUGUAUAUACAGAAAAAAGUGCCAUAACAGCAAAGAUUUGUUGGGGAGGGAUUAAAAAGUGGGGAGCAUUGGGACAUGGGGAGAAGAAUAAGUAGCAUCUCCAUGCAGUAGCUGGGGCCACCGUUUCUUCCAUCCUGUCUUCUCUUCCUUUUUCAAUCUUAUGAGAAGCACACAGAAGGAGCUUCUUUUUAUACGCAAAGAAAGAAUAACAGUUACAAAUCAUUUUCCUUUUUCAGCUUGCAAGCAAAGGUGCUUUCUUUUCUCUGAGUCUUUAUCUUAGCUACCUUUUGUAGGGUAUUUUAAUUUGAAACUCUAUAUUUCUGUAUUGAAAACAGCAAAGAAUGGUGUUGUGUUUGUUUUCUUGUUAAAACAUUUCAGCAUAUUUUUAUCUAGGAUUUUAAAAAAAAUGUUUUUAGCAGAGUCUGCUUCAAGCCUACCUCACCCAGCAAGUUAUGGACCCUGUUCACUGUGAACUCGCCUUCUAUUAACUUGUAGCGAUAACUUUGACUUUGGAAGUACAUCUUAAUAGGCCAGCAUAUGGCAGUGAUUCCCAAAUGGUGGGCCACACUGCCAUUGUGCUCCUGUAAGUCACAAGAGCCUGAUGAGUGUGGCUUAUCAUGCAGUUGGUGGUGGGUUCUGAGAAUAAUUAGACUAAGGGUUUUGCUUCUGGCUCAGGGCCAACGCCUGAGGUAGGCUUAACAUAGUGAUCUCACAGGUGUCUGUCCCUUUUAGUAAAAUGCUUGGGAAUCACUGGUGGAUUUGAAUGCUGCAUUUAAGUUCUGUAUGUAAUUUUUUUAUACAAUUGUCAUAUCAGUGAGCAGUGACGCCUCUUAUUAGGGAAAAAAUAGCAUUGAUUAUGGCAUUAAGAGUGAACUUCCAUUUUCACUCCAAGUGAUUUCUAGCAGCUUAAAUCCUUGUGAUCCAGUUCGAAAAGGGAUUUGAAACAACUUUUGUACACCUAAUAUUGCUGAAUUCUUUCUGUUCUUUUUUGUAUAUUUUUGUAUUACUCCAUGUUGUGGUGUACUUGCACUAGACCUUUCUUGUAGGUAAUGAAGAUGUAAUACACCCUGAGAAGGCCAAAUGAAAAUGCAUGCAGUUGAGUAGGGGUAUUGUUUCUCAUAGCUGUGGAGAAACAAAUGGGUGUUUUCAUCUCUGUUUUUCUUCAGAUUCUUAUUUCAAGAGAGGAACAAGCUGGGUAUAACCUCAGCCUUCUUUAUCUAUCAGGCCAUUUCACAGGAACAGGUUUGCCACCAGGUUGGAAGUCCUUAAGGAAUGUGCUUGUAAUAGCAAAUUUCAGCUCUCUGAUGAGUGUACCUGUGUGGCACAUUUGUUUUCAAACACCUCUGCCGCAUUUACACUUUACUUUUCUAGGGGUACACUUUUUAAAUCACAGGAGUGUACCUAAAAAGAUGUAAUUUUCAAGAGUCGGUGCUAAAAAAAGCGGGUAGAAAUGCAUAUUAAAGCAAUCCAUAUUAAAUGAUCAUCUUUUUAAUUAUCCCCAUCCUCUCUGUAUCUAGAGGGGUACAAAAUGACCUGAUCCAUGCAGCUACUUGAAGUUGUUUUUUUAAAGAAAGGCAGUGAAGUAUUUUGUUUUUUUUCUGAACAGAAUGGACAAAUUUGUGAACUAGAUGCUAUGAGCACUCACUACUGUUCUGAACACAUAGAACAAUGGCGUGGAGAGGGGGGUAAUUGCACUGAUGUGAUUAGUGCUCUUGAUGGCUGAUGCAUGUGAUUAGUUUACCACAUACUCAUUCAAUCUGAGCAGGAAAAAACAAAGGCUACACAGUUUUUAAAAAGGCAUAAAUGUGGGGGUAUGAACCAGCUAUUUGCUUGCAAUAAGAUGACGUAAGGAGCAGAAGGGACCAGAAGCAUGUAUUUGUUCACCUUGUUUGUCCUUUGAUAUGUCCUGGACUGCAGAGCUGGCUGUGGAGCCUGGGUCCUUUUUCAGGUGGUAUUUCCAGGUUGUCAAGGGAAAGUUAGUCCCUCAUAAUGUCUGGAUAGAUAUCUGAAGGAUAUUGCCCCUCAGGUUCCAUGAUACACUACUGUGCCUACCCAUGAGUGAGUUUAUUUGUAAGUGGCAAACUGAAGUGCCUGUCUGUGGAGGCCAUUUUGAUUUUCUCUUCUUGACACUUUUAUCCCUCAGUAGGGAUGUGGUUGAACCUGUUUGGUCCAAUGGUCUGAUAUUGAACUGAACCCCUGCAGUUCAGUUUGCUAUCAGACCACCAUCACCCCUGGCCAUUGGGGGUGUGUGUGUGUCACGGUCCUUUAAUUUUUAUUUUUAUUUUUAAUUAUUCACCCCCUCCGGGGGGCUUCUCUGAAGCUGCAGGAGAAGGUUCUCCUUCCCCGCUAGCCUCCAUUAUGUGGCAAAUCACCUGGGUCGGGUGGUCUUCAGCCCAUUCCGGGCCUCACCUUCAUGGUGGCGGCCAUUUUGGAAGCUGCCACACACACUCAAUGGGCCUCUGUGUGGCCUGACCCAUUGGGGCAGAGGUGAAACUAAAUACAAGCUUGAGCAACAAGUUGUAACACCAGCAAACCCCUAUGAAUAGCUUAGACCAAGAUACAUGGAGAGUAUGACUCUGGAGAAACAGGGGAACUGGAGAGCAGAGUGGGGUUGGUUGUCCCUUAUUGAUCUGAAUGCCCUUUUCCUUCUUCACCUCUAUGGCAUAUUGGUGGAUCUGAUAGCCAAGAGAAGCUCUUCUGUGAAAAGCUUUCCCUGUGAAGUUUCUUCCGCCACUGAAUUAUAUUGGGAUGGGAUUCUGCUUAAUCUCAUCUGCUACACGUAUAGGACUAUAUGUGCUACUACAGAGAAAUGUGAAAGGAUUUAGACGUAAAUAAGCAAAGGGUUUUGAAGACCAAACCAAAGCCUUGAAUGCUGAAUCUACAUCUUUAGAUUGUCUUUAUUGCUGAGUAAAAAAUGGGAUAUGCUCUGGAAAAUUAUAAGAAGCUGUUCAUCAGUAGCAUGCCACUGUGCAGCACAGAGAAUAAUCCUUUAUCCUUCUUCCUCUUAAGGGUUUUCCUUGACAAAAUUGCCCCAUAUUAUACCUACUGCAACUAAUUUGGAAAAAUGAUAUGGAACUGUGUGAUGUUGUAGGACUAUGCAGUUGUUUCUGAUUGAUUUAGAACAAAAAACAAAAUCCAAGAAACUUAGCCUACAUUUUGGUGAUGUCGUUCUGUCUGACAAUCUGUCAUUCAUUCUGAUUUUGGGCAAAAAUUGUUUUCUCUCUAGGAAAGAGAAAUCUUAUUGAAGAAAGGCAGUGGAAUUGAUAUCUCUAGGUCUGUAUGCAAAUUGGACUCUUCAGAUUGGGAAAGACAGGCCAAAGACAGGUCAUUUCCCACUGAAUAAUGAAAAAAAAAUAUAUUGGGAAAUGCUACAAUCCAACCGUUAGGUGCACUACAACCCACAGAUUUCAGUGGGUUCCAGCAUGCCUAACUCAGGUUGUAGUCGGAAUAUAUUGGACUGAGCAGAAAUAAGUGAGAUGAGCUAUAUUAGAGUUUAAGAGAAAGAGUAUUAAUAUGUAAUGUAAUGUAUUAUGUAUACAUACCAAACCAUCUUAGUGUAAAUAAUGCAUUGUAAUGUACUGGCGUAGUCAGUUAUUGGUCAGUGGUCAGAUUCCAUUGUAGUGUUGUAGAUUUUUUUAAUAUGUGUUUUUAAAAAAAGAGCACUUGUUUUCCAAGUUUCUUAUAUGUUUUAGAACAAAGGGAAAUGUGCUGUUUUGACUUUUAGCCUCCUCUUUUAAAAUAGAUAAUGAUUACCAAGAAGAAGAAAAAGAUUAAGGGUCAGUCACACACUGCAGUGCAAGCAAUGUGAUUUGCUUGUGGUUGCAACCAAUGUAUUGCAGACCUUUGCAACCACAGCUCUUUCCUGCCUACAACUAAGCCUGGUUCACAUGUUUACUGAACCAGCAAUCCUCUCUGGAGGAGCAGAACUGCAACAAUCUUCAUGCAACCAAGAUCACUGGCUCAGUAAUGGGAUGACCUGGACCUUAGACAGCAGAGCAGAAAUAUACAAGGAUCCCGAUAGGAUUCCUGUGUGUCUCUUCCAUGUACAGCUUGCUCAUGAGACUGAAGCAAGGAGGCAGGACAGACUUACAGUAAAGUCCUUUUAGGCUUAAUCUUUUACUACUUUCACAGCAUCCCUCAAUAGAAAACUGAAACAUUAAGGUCGGAAAUGCAGUAGAAUGUAGUAAAAACAAAACAACAAUAACACCCUCUUCACAAUCCCAGUGAGUCUUUCCACAGUUUAAAUUAUCAAAAUGAAUAACACAAGAUAGGGGAGGUAAAAGGGGGCUCAUUGUUGCUAAUGUUUAAAUCUCUUUUUUUAAAAAAAUGAACAGUUAUCUAUUUUUAUUGACAAUAUUUAUUUGAGCAUUAAAGAGUGAAACCUUACAUGAAUUUCUUUAAUGUGAAAUUAGCACAUCUAGGCUUCUUUAGGCCAGAAACCCAUUCAGAACUCAAGAGCAUAUAUACCAAGACAUCUGCACCUCACACCAGAGUUGAAGAUGGAUUUAAUUCCUGUAUAUGCUUUGUUCAAAUAAGUUUGUGCUUGGGGCUGAACGAACCUGUAUCUUUUUUCCUAACACAAUAACCUCAGUGUAGAAGCCACCGCAGUUCCCUUCAUACACAGUCAGCACUCUGCCUGGAGGAUAUCAGUAGAUGAGAGAAGGCCCACACAGUUGGACCUGCCCAUCCAUAGGCAUGGCCCAACUGGGUGCAGUUUUCAUUCCAGUAAAACACAUUCCCAUGGCAGACUUUCCACACAGAUCAGGGCCAUCCAUGCAGUAAUCAGAUUUUAAAUGUUACACUUUGGCAUGGAAAACUGCCCUUUUCAAUCUUUUCCAUAUGUAUACAACAUUUGAAUCAACUGUCAGCAUGGUAUAUACUGUAUCAGAAGCUGCCUUAUACCGAGUCAAAGCCUUGGUCCAUCUAGCUCAGUAUUGUCUACACUAGAAUAGUAGCUGGGCCAGAUUGUGGGAUAAUUAGGAACAGAGGAAGCUGCCAUAUACUGAGUCAGGCCAUUGGUCCAUCUAGCUCAGUAUUGUCUACUCAGACUGGCAGUGGCAACUUCUCCAAAGUUGCAGGCAGGAAUCUCUCUCAGCCCUAUCUUGGAGAUGCCAGGGAGGGAACUUGGAACCUUCUGCUCAUCCCAGAGCGGCUCCAUCCUCUAAGGGGAAUAUCUUACAGUGCUCAUACAUCUAGUCUCCCAUUCAUAUGCAACCAGGGUGGACCCUCCUUAGCUAAGGGGAGAAGUCAUGCUUGCUACCACAAGACCAACUCUCCCCCCUUAAUUAUCCAAAAGCAGUAAAGAGAGUGUGUUCAUGUCUGUUCUAUAUAAUGGGGACCUUUAAAAUCUACCAUAGCUCUGCGCAUGCCAGCUCUUUCCAUAACAGAUAACAAAGAAUCAGCCACCAUGUGCCUAAAUAAUAAAUAAAAAAUUAAAUACUGGACAUCUACCCUGGAUAAGAAAAGAGAAUCCUAUUCUGUAUAUGGCAAUAGGUUUUAGAUGGAGACACUGCACACAUACUUCCUUCCUCCCUCUAAUGGCACAUGUAAAUCUUCUUGCCAUCUGUAUGGCUUCCAUAUGUCUAUGUGAGUAUAAGCAAAGGCAAGCUUGUGACACACAGAUCAAAGAAGUGUGGAUCUAAAAUAAGUUAAGGCAUAUGGCACCCACGUCUUGUAAUCCAGCACUGGUUGCAUUUCAGCUUUAAUUGGAGCGCACACAUAGGCCUUUAAAAGCAUGUGCAUGAUCACCACCAUGUGGAAAAACGCAUUACAUAAGAACUGCGACACGUCCUUCAUGUGUUUGUAAUAUUUUUACAGGGAGGGGCUUGCAUGACUGUUUUUAGGCGACGUAGUAGCCAAGAACACACCAAGAGUCAAAAUGGAAGUCCUUCUCACAUGGAAGAUUCCAAGAACCCUUUUAAAACAAAAACUGAAGGGCAGUAUGCAUGGUCAUAAGCUUACAUUUCCUUUGACAGAGUACACAUAGUCUUGGUCUAAGGCACCAGGCCACAUGUUCCUUUCCAGUGUGAAAUCUCAGACUGGUACAUGUCAGGGUCUUGUGCUCUCCCCUGUGUCUCCCAUGACCACCCGGUAUGUUUUUGGAAAGAAUAAGAGGAGGUGCACAAGUGGUUAGUAGGAUGUUCUAAAUAGAAAAAGAGUCCACCUUGGCUCAUUUCUUGCUUUCUUCGUACUGAGGGGCAGGAGUGUACAUGCACCUGAGACUCGUACCAGGCUGAGAUUUCUCCCCGGAAAUUUGCGAGUGAACAUCAUAUUUCAUUAGAUUUGUCAAGAGGUUUGCUUUCAAAGGUGAUCCUUUGCCUUUAAUAGCUGCCUGGCAGAGAGAAGGUCCAUGGACACAAAUUCUUUGUCAUUACAACACUUUGAUGGGGAAAGCAGUUCAGUGGAAUUUCUUUCUGUCACACGAUAUAUUAAAAAGACACUUUUGGGAUUUUGCAGGUGUUGCAAAUCCUGAAUUGCAUAAAUGCUGUCAAUAAAAAUACCAAGCUGUUAAAAAUAGUGAAUGGAAGCACAGCCAGAAGACACAGUAUGAUGAAAAUGUUAUAGAAUUAAUGCAUGAGGUAGAACUGCUGUUUUUUUCUCAAGUUGUUAUAAGAAGCAUGAAAGACGUUAAUUUAAAUGUUGGCAAAAACAAUUAGAAAGAAAGUCACACGUUAUGUUCAUGUCUGGUUAAGUAAGAGAAAAAAAUUUAUUUCCUCUGGUUUCCCUCCAUAAUCAUGACAUUUUUGGUUUUAUCAUGUACCAUCGUUUAUAUCCUUAGACCUGGUGGAAUGUACAUCUCUUAUAUAUGUCACCAGAUCAAAAAAGGAGGACAAAAAAUUAACUUUUUCUAAUUUUCUACCUGUAGCAAAGUUUGUAUUUUUUGAAUUGGAAACAAAAUGUUUUGUCUUAUUGUCUCAAAAGUCAAACUUUUGUGUAUUACCCUUUUGGAAAACAUGAAGUAUGAGUUUAUGCUGUUUUACAGAUUUUAAAUAAAUUCUUAUUACACUGCCAACAAA